GUUUUGAAAAAGGGGUAGAACUGUAGAAGCUGUCCUUCCUUUUUUUUUUUUUCCUUUUUCUUUUACUUUAUGUAAAAACCAAAGUUGAAGUUCACGUUCAUUAUCUUCAAUCUUCAUCAAUUCAUUUCAAUUUCUGCUCCUCGACCCAAGAUGUCACUUUCGAGGGAAGAAAGUAGGUCUCCUUCACCAGAUGGUUCUGCCUCGCCUGGGAUUAAUCCCAGGCAUCAACGAUCGAGGUCGAGGUCAAGGUCACCACCUCCUGCACGUAGUCGAUCUGGGAGUCCUGUAGAUACAUCCAAUCCUGGAAACAAUCUGUAUGUGACUGGCUUAUCCACAAGGGUGACUAACACUGAUCUGGAGAAGUUCUUUAGCAAAGAAGGGAAGGUCCUCGAAUGCUGUUUGGUUACUGAUCCUCGUACCAAAGAAUCUCGUGGCUUUGCAUUUGUUACUAUGGAAACUAGAGAACAAGCUGAAAGAUGUAUCAAAUAUUUGCAUCGCUCUGUGCUUGAGGGCCGAUUGGUCUCCGUAGAAAAGGCAAAACGGUCUCGUGGGAGGACACCAACUCCUGGUCGAUACCAGGGUCUGAGGAAAGAACGGGGAGGACCAAGAGGAGGAGGUCGAGGUCCUCGUAGACGGUCUCGCAGCUUUUCACCACCGCGACGACGGUAUGAUAGAGGUCAUUAUGAGAGAGAUCCUUAUCCACGUGAUAGGCGAGGGAGAUCACGCUCUCCUUAUGGUAGGAGACCUGAUGAUUAUCCAGACUCAUACCGGAGGCGUAGGGAGCGGUCCGUGUCAGCUGGUCGUGGUGGCUACCCUUGAGAAGAAAUAAGCCCCACUAUCAAACGGGAUUACCUAGUUUCACAUGUGAUUUACUUUCACUGUUGUUGUUGUACUUGAUGCUUUGAGGUACAUACUCCUUAGGUCUACCACACCGCAAUGUGUUGCCGGGGACUUUAUAAUGUUGCGUUUGUGUUUGUGUUUGUGUUUGUGUUUGUGUUUGUGUUUGUGUUUGUGUUGUGUUAGAGCUUAUAAGAUUGACCUUUUGACAGAACUCGUGUAUGUUCGCCGUGACUUGUAUUAGGUUUGAAACUCCAGUACUCCAGUAUUAGCUAGCGACUUUAUCAAUAACUGCGAAAAUAUUUCUGUUGAA